UCACAUACCGUCUAGAAAUAUUCCCAACGGUCCUAGAUCCAGGGGCAAAAAACCGGUUACCACAAGAUAAGCGCCUAAUAGAAGACCCAGGGUCUUCUAUUACUAGGGGGUCUUAUAUCCGGGCUUUUACGGGUAUUUCUGUGAUGGACUCUCACGCAAGGGCACAUUUGGUGGUUUGUGUCAGGCCUUCUGGGGGGUGCAUGACGAGCAGGCUCGCUUCGAGUCUGACACGAGCUCCGGAACUGUCCAAUUUCGUGGGCAACUAUGUCGUACAGCACGCGUGAGCGCGGUGGUGAGGGCGAACCAUCGAGCAUGCUCUCUCCGCGCCACAUGCGCUCUGCUGCCAGAUUCGUCGUCCACUCCGCCCGCCGAGCAAUCGGCCCGUCGGCUCUCGUCAUGUCGCUGAUCGCGGGGCUGCCCACCCCCGACCACGUGCAUGUCGCUCCCCGCACUGCACCCCUCGCUUUCAGGCGCAUCCCUCUUUUCGCCAUCCGUCCCACCCGCGCAGCGCCUUCAUCCAUCGGCGGCCGACCUGCGGUCUUCGGCACGUGCGACCGAAGAUGCACUUAGCAGCAGUCACAGGUCGUUCAGAACCGCAGCGGCAGGCCUGCAAAGCACGGCUCUCGCUAAUUCCGCUCGAAGCAGCACGGGCGGGAGUACGAGAAGCAGUCUCAGCCUUGCCCUCUCAAGGCGCUUCGUUUCCUCUUCUUCCAAACGCUCAAACGUCACCUCUGAUACGCUCACGUGCGAGUGCCACGUGGCGCGCUUCUACUGACAGCCAGGCUGCUGGCGUCCGUGCUGUGGACUCUUAGUGGGAGGAACUUUCUGAAGACGCUCCCUCGAGAGACCCUGAGCCGCUCUCCCCCUCGUCCGCAGCAACCCUCCCCCCGCCAGCACAUGUAGUGCCUGCAGCACAGCAUAAAAUCUCAGCCGUUGGAUUGAGAUGAUCCAAGGGUCCUGGCGUGCUGCGACCACCGCACUGGGAACUCUCAGCAGCAGCGGCCGCUGCAGGUGGCGGUGCUGCUAAGCGGUGGUGUGGCGUGGAUAGCAGCCUGGCGCUUAGGCUGCUGCACGCGGCGGGGCUUAAGUGUGAGGCGUUUGGCCUGAAGCUGUGGUUCCGGGAGGACUGUGAGAGGUGGCGGUGGCAGUGCCCCUGGGAGGACGACCACGCCAUGGCUCAGGCUGUGGGACCAGGCGCGCUCAUGCCAAUGCUGUGUCAACUGCCAUCCCAUUCCUCCGCUGACUGCGCUUUGCCACCCUGGAUAACCGCGCUCAUGCCCCUCAACUCUCCAGAUCCGUGUGCCACUUGACUUGCUGUUUCAAGGCGCCUCAAGAGCAGCACAGGGAGAGCAGCACGGUGAGAGCAGCACAGUGUGGCACCACUCGCUUCCCGCGUAGUCCUCUGUGAGACAAUCUCACUGCAGCAAUGGCUGCUGCUAACUCCACUCGUACGUCAGUGUAGCACACUCAAUGCACCGACAUGCCCUGUGUUUUCCCGCUAUCUCCCACGCGCCUGUCUCUCCCCCCCCCCCCUCCCCCUCUUCCAACUCAGUGUCCCUCUGCGCAUAGUUCAUCUCACAUGUGCCUACUGGCAGUGGGUAGUACUGCACUGUGUGGCAGGGAUUCGCAAUGGCCGCACACCCAACCUGACAUGCUCUGCAGCAACUCACGCAUCAAGUCCGGGGCGUUGGUUGGCGUCGCGUGCGUUCGCUUUCUCGCACUAAGAUACCAUGUCGUGAGUCUGAAUCUGGUCCUUAUGCUCAUAGAGGGUCCUUAUGCUCAUAGAGGGUCCUUAUGCUCAUAGAGGGCCCCAGUCGUUCAAUGUAACGAACCUCUCAAGCUUAGUGCACUUUGCCUGCAUCUGCCACUCUGCACGCAUGUGCUACUCUUUUCUUUCUCUUUAUCCCAUCUCGCGGUCAACAGAUUGACCCAUUUGGCAUCCCGCUGGAAUCUUCAGAAGCUUUCAACAAGGCAUCCCCUGAUGCACUCAUCUUGUGCCGCAAUGCAGCAGCGGUUCUGCUGACAUUCCAACCCUCGGGUCGACACAUCGCUUGGACGUUGUGGCGGAGGGGUUGGAAUGUCAGCAGAGCUGCUGCCGCGUUGUGGCACAUGAGGACGUGUAUCAGGGGAUGCCUUCUUGAAAGAGCCUUUGAAACAGGCGACAAGGUUGGGUAGCGAAAAAAACAUCAGCCUGCCCUGAAACGAAAGCUUGCUUUUGAAAAGCGUAAACGACAUAUCCAACAAAGCCCUUAAGUUUACUCUUCAGUUCGACAUGCUUCCCCACCCUGCCCCAGUCUUCUCAUCCCCCCCUCCAGGGUAACCACCUACCACACCUGGUGCGACAGCUAGCAGGCACAUGAGGGUGGUGUGGAGCUGAGGGGGCUCAGGGCCCCUGUGCGUCCAGGUGUUCCCUCCCUCCACAGUCCCAGGUGCGACCGCUGCCAGCCACGCUCAACCUGCACGACCAGAGCAGGAAGGACACCCAGGGGAUACGCCUCCUGGGACGGUACGAUCUGGGGAAGAUACUUGGUCGCAACAGUCACGCCAACCAGCCCUGUCUUUGUGUCCCGCAGCUACCCACAUCCUAGCAAGUCACGGCGGCACUUCUAGGUGGCAGGAUUCUGCUGGACGCUUGGUGGCGCGUGCAACCCUCUGGCUAAGAGAGGCAACCUCGCAUGCAACGUAAGAGCCAGGCAGCUUCUUGUAAAAGCGGCAAGUCAGCCUGCACCCACCUCUCGUCUGCCAACUCUCAUCGGCAGCUCUGGUGGGGUGGUUGAGCUGGAUGCGGGGCAGCACAUGUGGCCCUCCAUGACGUGGAGGAGAGGGUCCCAGCUGCAACGCGAGAGCAAGGCAGCAUGCACGCGCCAAGUGCGACCGGCAGUUCUGGGUGGGCAGGUUCAGCUGGACGCAGGGCGGCAAGUGGGGUCCCUAGGUGUGUGGACGAACCAACCUGUUGCUAAUGUAGCCAGAAUCUAUGGAGCAGGCACGAGCAGCAGCAGAUCCAUUCAAGGACUGCAGUGCUCUCUCCCCCUCUCGCCGCAGCAGCCCCGGUCACUCUGCUGCUGGACGGCCAGGGCGUGGCUGCCGGCAAGUUUGCUGUUUUUCAUGAUGGUGACACGUGCCUUGCGUUGUCAUGCUGCCCGGGGACCCAGUGGAGGCGGCGGGAGUGGUGGGUGCAGCAGCAGUAGGCAGCAAGAGGUGGGCAGCAAGAGGUGGGCAGCAAGAGGUGGGCAGCAAGAGGUGGGCAGCAAGACGUGGGCAGGAAGAGGUGGGCAGCAAGAGGUGGGGAGGAGCAGGGGGGGCGUUGGGCCUUGUCAGCUGCAGCGUGGGCAACAGUGUGAAGGGGCUUGGCAGGGGUGACAGUUGGCAGAUUUCAAACCACCCGAGACGUGUAGAGGGGGAGUGGAAGGGAAGGUGGGGAGUGAGAAUGAGAGGCUGGAGCUGGAGGAGAAGGCGAGGAGGGAGGAAGUGAAAGUUGGAUUGGGGAUUAGGGAGAAAAGGAAGAGCAAUAAAUAGAAGUAGAAAUAGGGAUUAGUGUAGAACCUAGUCUCAGAGUUAGAACGAAUGAUUAGAAUGAGAGUAUACAGGGGUAUAUAGCUAGUGGGUUGUACUCUCUAUGGCAAGACCCUAUGUAGUCUACUAAACAUACACAAGUAUAUUUGACACACCCCCUA